UAUCGCUAUCUCUUUCCGUCGCGUCGCUACUUUUACGAGCGAUCUACACGUCCCUAUCUCUAUGGACGCGCUCGUUGGCGCUAGACGGUGUCACGUGACUUGGAUCACGUGAUCUCAGGACGCCCGAGUCCCCGCUCGGGUCGCCCUGUGUCAGCCAGGCCAGCCAUUUUGGUACGGUAAUAUGGCGUCGCCGCCGGAGAUUAAUAUGGCGUCCUCGGACAUAAUAACCGAAGUGGAGAUUCAACCGGAUAUCCAGGAGGUCGAAAUAGAGGCGAUACCGGUGGAGAUACCGUGCGAGACUGUGGAGACGACGAUCGAGGGCGAGGACGGGCAGCCGAUGAUAGCGCUGCAGCCGCUACCGGAGCCGGGCCGCGAGGAAAUCAUACUACAGACACAAGAGGAGAUCGUCGGUGGUGACUCGCUCAGUGUGUACGACCAGAUCCCGGUACCGGAGAACGACAUUUAUGUCGAGUCGAGUCCCGGACCGUCUCGCAAGGCCACAAAGAAGGCGCGCAAGAGCGGUGGCACGCGUUUCCGCGCGUCCGAUCACGCGAUUUUCGGCGAGAUGGCUACGGAAACCAAGGCUAGGAAGUGGGAGCAGAAGCAGGUGCAGAUCAAGACGCUCGAGGGAGAGUUCUCGGUAACGAUGUGGGCGUCCGGCACGGACGACGAUGAAGGUUCGAAUCCAGAACCAGAUCCAGACUUCACGGAGUACAUGACAGGCAAGACAGGCAAUGCCAAGUUCAAUUCAAACAGCUCGGUCUCAGACGGGAUGCCGGGAUUGGAUCUCUCGGAUCCGAAACAGCUGGCCGAGUUCGCGCGACCCGGUCACAAGCUGAAGGUACGCAAGCCGCAAGUGGUGGACGGCGUGGAGCGUACGAUCGCCUGUCCGCACAAGGGAUGCACAAAGAUGUUCCGGGACAACAGCGCAAUGCGCAAGCAUCUGCACACGCACGGGCCCCGGGUGCACGUAUGCGCCGAGUGCGGCAAGGCGUUCGUCGAAAGUUCCAAACUCAAACGGCAUCAAUUGGUGCAUACGGGCGAGAAACCGUUUCAGUGUACGUUCGAGGGAUGCGGGAAGAGGUUCAGUCUUGACUUUAAUCUACGCACACACGUGAGAAUUCAUACCGGCGACCGGCCGUACGUCUGUCCCUUCGACGGAUGCAGUAAAAAGUUCGCGCAAUCGACGAACCUCAAAUCUCAUAUACUGACUCACGCGAAAGCCAAGUCACGAAACGCGAUUGGGAGACAAGUACAACAAAUUCAACUUCAGCAGCCUCAGUAUGUUCAAGUUGAAGUUGCAGAUGUGGACAAUCAACAGUUCAUUGUCUACGCCGAUUAGCCCCCUUAAAUAUUGAUCUCGUGUAUCCUUCACUACUGAACAUUACUACUGAAAUAUCGUAAUCAUUAAUUAUUAAUCUAAACAGUGUAAAUAUUUUCACGAUACGUGCAAGCGAUGUCAUCGCGGAUGACAGGCAGGCAAGCAACUGCCCCAAGAGAAUUAUUGAACGGAUUGAUUAAUGAAAUAUUACCUCCGUGCUUAGAUACGAAUUAUUUAAAAAAUAUCUGAAGCACUAUAUAUAUAUGAUAUCGCAAAAAAAACAAGAAAGGGCAGAUAAAAUUAAGUUGCAUUACUUAAAAAAGAAAAAAAUAAAAGAAAAAUAUAUAUAUAUAUAUAAUGUACCUUCUAAGGUAACGACGCAAGCUAGACUGUGACGCGCACUGCUCAAUCUCUUGUGAACAAAACGAAAUCGAGUGCGCUCGCAUAACAUACACUUAAUACACAUACACACAUAUACACAACACUCGACUGUAUAUAUCUAUAAAUAUAUAUAAGUACAAUUAAAAUAUUGUAUACAGUAUAUUUUGGAGAAAUUCAGAUGAGAAUAAACCACGAAGAUGCAUCUUU